CACAAGAUCGGAUUACAAGAUGGCGGUCUGUGGACGUUAGCAAGGAGGCCGUUGGAGUUGUUGUGCUCUGUGUGAAUUUACAGUUUGAUAUUAAGCCUCCUGUUGAGUUUUUUUCACAUCGUAAACGUAAUGUUUUUAUGAAAUUGCUACUGGCAUAUUUUAUUGUUAUAGCGAACUUAACUUAGACGUGCAUGUUUUGUAACAUGCGGGUGGAAACAAAGUUAACAGGUCGAGGGUAGGAAAAUAGUAGACGGGGUGAGGUGAUAGCUUGUUAGCAACUAGCUAGCCUGCUAGCUCCGACUCGGUUAACCAUGUCGGACACUCGGCGGCGAGUGAAAGUAUAUACGCUGAAUGAAGACCGGCAAUGGGACGAUCGGGGUACCGGACACGUUUCAUCAAGCUUUGUUGAACGGCUUAAGGGAACAACAUUAUUAGUUCGGGCCGAGUCAGACGGAUCACUACUAUUGGAGUCGAAGAUAAGCCCGAACACUGCAUAUCAGAAACAACAGGACACACUAAUUGUCUGGUCAGAAGCAGACAACUAUGACCUUGCCCUAAGUUUUCAGGAAAAGGCUGGCUGUGAUGAGAUCUGGGAGAAGAUUUGUCAGGUUCAAGGCAAAGACCCUGCCCUGGACAUCACCCAGGACCCUAUUGAUGAGUCAGAGGAGGAGCGCUUUGAGGAGAUUCCAGAGACAAGCCACCUUGUAGAGCUCCCUCCUUGCGAGCUAAGCCGACUGGAGGAGAUCGCUGACCUGGUUACCUCUGUCCUGUCUUCGCCAAUCCGGAGGGAAAAACUUGCUCUGGCCUUGAUGAGCGAAGGCUACAUCAAGAAACUCCUGGGUCUCUUCAGAGUAUGUGAGGAUCUGGACAACAGAGAGGGCCUACAUCACCUCUAUGAGAUUGUCCGGGGUGUGUUGUUCCUCAAUAAAGCAGCCCUCUUUGAAGUGAUGUUCUCUGACGACUGUAUCAUGGAUGUGGUGGGCUGCCUUGAGUAUGACCCAGCGCUGGUUCAGCCUAAACGGCACCGGGAAUUCUUGACCAAGACGGCAAAGUUUAAGGAGGUGAUCCCUAUCACGGACUCUGAGCUUCGGCAGAAGAUCCACCAGACCUACCGAGUGCAGUACAUUCAGGACAUCAUCCUGCCCACGCCAUCUGUCUUCGAAGAGAACUUCCUGUCCACACUCACCUCCUUCAUCUUCUUCAACAAGGUGGAAAUUGUCAGCAUGUUGCAGGAGGACGAGAAAUUCCUAACAGAGGUCUUUGCACAGCUCACAGAUGAUGCCACAGAGGACAGUAAAAGGAGAGAGCUUGUGAACUUUGUCAAGGAGUUCUGUGCUUUUUCACAAACGUUGCAACCACAGAACAGAGAUGCUUUCUUCAAAACUCUGGCAAAUCUAGGCAUUUUACCUGCUCUUGAAAUAGUCAUGGGAAUGGAUGACCUACAGGUGAGAGCAGCAGCUACAGACAUCUUCUCUUACCUGGUGGAAUUCAGCCCUUCCAUGGUCAGGGAGUUUGUCAUGCAGGAACCACAGCAGACAGACGACGAUGUUCUGCUGAUAAAUGUCGUGAUCAAGCAAAUGAUUUGUGACUCCGACCCAGAGUUAGGAGGAGCUGUCCAGCUGAUGGGUCUGCUCAGGACACUCAUCGACCCUGAGAACAUGCUGGCUUCUACCAAUAAAACGGAGAAGACAGAAUUUCUGAGCUUCUUCUACAAGUACUGCAUGCAUGUCCUGACUGCUCCUCUGCUGGCCAACACUGCACAUGACAAAAACCCAAAAGAUCUGCAGGAGGGAUCGACUAAGAUCAACCCGGUCUGUCCAGAUAACUUCCAGACAGCUCAGCUUCUGGCACUGAUCCUGGAGCUUCUGACCUUCUGUGUGGAGCACCACACCUAUCACAUCAAGACCUACAUCAUGAACAAAGACCUACUCAGGAGAGUGCUGGUGCUCAUGAACUCAAAGCACACCUUCCUUGCUCUUUGUGCCUUGCGUUUCAUGCGCAGGAUCAUUGGUCUGAAGGAUGAGUACUACAAUCGCUACAUCAUCAAAGGGAACCUGUUUGAGCCUGUCAUCAAUGCCCUGCUGGACAACGGCACCCGAUACAACCUCCUCAACUCAGCCAUCAUAGAACUCUUUGAGUUCAUUAAAGUUGAGGACAUCAAAUCCCUCAUAGCUCACAUUGUGGAUAACUUCUACAAAGCACUUGAAUCCAUUGAGUACGUCCAGACUUUCAAGGGGCUGAAAGGCCGGUAUGAGCAGGAAAAAGACCGGCAGAGUCAGAGACUCAAUAGAUAUCGCAGAGAUGCACGGUCAUUGGAUGAGGACGAGGAGUUGUGGUUCAAUGACGAUGACGACGAUGAUGAUGGAGAGGCUGUUGAGAAGAGGAUGGAGGAUGACUUCUCUGACAGCUAUGGCAAGUACAUGGAAGCAAAAAAAGGAGCUGCCAACGGAGCUAAUGGUGCCAACAACAAUGGGAAAGCUGCUGUAAUCCCACCUUCCUCACCAGCCGUCACUCCAAACAACAGUUCAGCUUCCUCUGUCAAAACAGUUGCUCUUCCUGCCACACCAGUAGUGAAGACUGCUCUGGUUGGUUUGGUGGACUACCCUGAUGAUGAGGAUGAAGAGGAAGAAGAUGAGGAGGAAGAGCAGUCUCCGAGGAAGCGGCCCCGUCUAAGCUCUUAAGGCUAAUUGUCCUCUAUUUGGUCGUGGUGGACGGACACUGAGUCCCUCCCAUCCUCCCUCCUCUGGUCGUCUCAUUGGUCCUUGGCCUGCCUGUGCCACCCGUCAGUCUCACUGAGGAGACGGGCAAAGACGAGCUCCCACCUCACUCACUCCCUCCUGAUCUCUGCUCCUCUUUCUCCCUCAGCGGAAGGAGAGGGAGAGCUUCUCUUUUACUGGAAAGAAAGACAGAUCAGUCUGUUCCCUCAGCCCGUUGAUUUUUCCUCUUCCUUGUACCAACAGCCUCCUCCAGGGGAUCCCAAAACCUCCUUUCUUCCUUGUGACCCUUUGCAAAUGCAUCCCUCCUCUUUCAUUACACUCUCCUGCUUUCCCAGUGCUCACCUCUUUCUGAACAUGUUCUUUUAUCUCUGUUCUUUCUGAACAAAAUUCCCCUCCUCAUCCUCCAUCCUACAUACCGACCAGAGAGGCUGCGGUGGAAAUCAGUGCCAAGGCGGUUCCCAACUCUGCUCUGUUGCUAUAGCAACAGUAGCAAGGAAGCUGCGGUACUACAGCAACCCCACAGGAACCCUCACACGUCCUCAUUUGAACUCUCCCUUCCAUCCUUCUCGAACCCGAACCAGUGAGCUCCAGAGAGAGAGGAAGCCAGAACACAACCAGCCAGUGUACGUACUGUUCAGCAGGCCAGUCAGGCUAGCAGGACUAGCCGUCAUAGUUAUAGAAAGCUUGACUGGCUGAAGCAGUGUGUGUGCGCUGCCCUGCCACAGAACUGUUCACUUCUGUUGGGGAUAGAGGGAUCUAGGCAAUGUGGAAGAAUUAAAACAUCGAGAGACAAGGGAGGUGACAAAUGACAAAAUGUACCAGGAUGAAAACUCAGCAGUAAUGAGGCUUAGAUCCAGAGGAGCAGGACUCAAACCUUCAAAAGCCAUGGCAUCUGUUUGGCCAAGGCACACACGAAAAACACAACACACAAUGUCUCACACACAGGACUGCGUUAGCCAGAAAUCCUGUAUUUCAUGACUUUGUUAAAAAGUACUGUACAGAUGUUUUUUUUUCUUUUUAAUCAUUUGCCCCUGAUAUGAUUUUGAAAGGGGAGAGAGAUACCUACCGACCUGUGUAUUUUUUUUGUUGUUGUUGCACAAAAAGGUGGGGUCACUGUUCACCCUUUCAGUCCAGUUCAUUUGAUUCAAUGUAAAAUGCUGGUUUUAAAAAUAACAUUAAAACUGCAGUAAAGUCAUUUUUGCAGCCAACAUUUUGAGAAUGUCUUGAGUUUUGUAUUUUAGUGGAUUUCAGAAUUAAGUGGACCCAUUAUGAUGCACACGUAGCCCAGUUUUUUGUUUGAACUGGGUGAAAAACCUGAGCUGUUGGUGUGCUUACAAGUAGAUUUAGUGCACACUUUUGUUUGAGGAGGUUCAAGUCUUGGCACCCUCCUCUCAGACAGAUCUCAGGUUCAGAGUUCAAUUUGCAUCAGAAACAAAAAGCCCACCUUCUCUGUGUGCUGUAACACUGCUAGCUGGUGAAACAUCUCACCUUUAUAAUUGAAUGGAGAAUGAUUCUAGUGAGUUAUAAGGGGCUUGAGGUGCCAGGGGCUUUUUAAUCCAGGUUUGAAGGACUACAAUGAUCAGAUCCAGGUCAGAUGCACUCAGCUUUGUUCCACAGUUCAUGUCUAAUUUCAAGUUUUCUUUGGCCUGUCCACAAAAACUAGAUUGAAAAUAUGUUGAAGGAAACCUUUUUUCUUACAGUUUUUAAUUCAAACUUUAUGAAUGGAUGAGCUGUUUUUAUUAGUUAUGAUAAAUAUGAUUUAACCCCAGAGUUGAUGCAGUGCAGUUUUUGAAUCAAACAGUGUUGUUCAGGUGGCUUUCUGACACAACAUAAGUUUGACAAUGUCGGAGGGACAAUGAGACAUUUCAGUGUCAGGUCGAAACAUUUCCCAUGUUGAAUCCUCUCCUGGUCUCACAACAAGCACACUGAGAGGCAGAUGAAGGGACUCAAAACUUGCUAAAAAUGCUAGAUCAGACUUUUAUCUACAACAUUUGAAUCAAAUCACAAGCAGCACGGUAGGAGCACAAGUAAAAUCAUUGUUAUUGCCAAUGUGCUUUUCAGGAGUUCAGCAGUACACGAGCAGUAAAUUGUCUUUCCUCCUGUUUGUUAGUGUCGCCAAACAAUGACUGUUUAUGCGCUCCCUUGAUGAAUUUGUACCAAGUGCAUUUACUACCACUAUCCAUUCUUAACAUUUGUAUGAAUUUGAUAAGUUUUGAAAUUAAAUGUGACCCUGACAUUGAAA